UUUGUUGCAAAAUUUGUUUGUUAAAAGUUGAUUUGUUGAAUUAAGGUACUUGUUUGUGAAACAAUCAGUUAAAAGACACUGUAAAACGAAAAUAUUAACGCUGCACAACAAUUUUCCCACAAAUUUUCGCCAACUCCUGUGCUCAAUAUAUUUUUUUUGCCUACUGUUUUCGCGCUUUCCUAAGAAAAAAGAAAUCCAACUGAUUGACAAGCUAAACCGGUGUGGUUUAGCCCAUAACUAUACACACCAUGAGCGUCGAGAAAUUGGAUCCCUUUGAUUUAAUGCGUGCAGUCUUGCCGCCACAACAUGUACGGGAGUUAGAGAAGGAAAAAGCUCGUAGUCCUUCCCCCUCAUCGGCCCAAAUGUCGCCACUCUUUAGUUUGGAGGAUGAUGAGGACAUGGACUUGCCAUCUGGCGGUUCCCCACAGCCCUUAGACAAGGAUAAAACAAGUCUUGAUGAAAAAGAGACAGAGACAGAAGAUAUUAACUAUUCACCAGCAAGCCAGGAUGCUGAUGACCCUGGCGUAAGUCCAGGUCUUUUGGACAUUGAUGAGCAGACACAGAUGUCGCCGCCCAAAACAAAAGCCCAGCAAAAAAUGUUUGACGAUAUUUCGUCAUCGGAGAGCCCAGAUGACAUGUCAGUUCCUGGCUGUAAGCGUUUAUUAGUGCGCGUCAAACGUUGUACCGAGAAAGAAAUAGAGCGCCUAACUACACCACAACGUAAGGCCAAGAAGCGUGGACGGCAGCGCAUAAGCAGCGAUAGCGAAUCUCCCAUUCCCAGUACAUGCCAGUCCAGCAAGCGACGGAAGCUUUCAUCCACCCCCGCUCCCAGUAAAUCACAGUCUAGCAAGCGACAGAAGCUUUCACCUGCCCCCACUAAAAAAAUCCGAGCUAAGCUUGGCAAGGAGCGUAUGGCCCAACAGCAAGACGACAGAGAGGAGAGUCCGCCUGAGUCAAGCGUUUGUUUAGCCAAACGUAAACGCUCUACAUCAUCCACACUGCUUGUGGACCCGGCUCUAGUUGAGCGCUUCGGUUUACGCUUCUUCAAUUGUUUUGUGCGGAUGCAGCGUACCAAGAACCAUCCGACUGCGAUUCUCAAGCGCACGAAUCGCAAAUCAAAGGCCAAGCUAUCGGUUUCGUUUAGCGAGUCUGUCGAGAUACUGGGCAGUAAAAAUUCACCUAAAAAGCUAGCAACAGUGCCAACGCGUCUACAGCGUGUAGAUGCCACUGGCAACGUGCUAGAGGAUAUUGAUCUACAGCCCCACACAGCCUCCACAUCUGCUGCUGCUAAAGCUGCUUCUAAGGCGACAAGCCGGCCACGUAAACGAGUGCGAUCCCCAGCUCCAGUCAAUGUCGGACGUAGAGGCAGCGGUCGUCCCAAAAAAUCUGCCAAAAUACAGGACACCGAGGCAGACAAUGACGACGAAUAUAUUGUGCCCAAUGAGAUGCCCGAGUGCAAGGCAUCCGGAAGCUCUCGUCGUGUUGCCACACCAGUUCCACUCAAACGUACAGUAACCACAACAGUAAGCGACGAAGAGGACGCUACUGACAAUGAGCAGGAAAAACUCAAGCGUGAUCAUGAGAAAGAAUUGGAUGACAGCAAUUCUGAAGUGGUAUUGGCUUGGCUGCAGGAGAAGGGAAAACAGGUUACAUCACAGCUGGAGGAGAAGAAGGAACAAAUGAAAGUAACCAUGGAGCAAGAUAAAUCGCAGUGGGGAGUGAAGAAGUCAGAAACAGAGGUUGUGAUCAAGCAAAAGAAAGAUGAGCCGGCUGAAAAGGCUGAAGACAUUUGUGCUGAACAAACAGAAAGUGACGGCAAGGACAAGGAGCAGGAGCAAGAGAAAGAGAGUGAAGAGAUCAUGCAGCAACAUGACGAACUAACGAAGCCAAUUGCAACGACAUCUCGAGGUCGAGUCGAUGACGACAUAGCCAGUGAGGACAUACUGGAGAUUAAAACAUCUGUCGAUGAUGUGCGACUGUUGCGACAGUCGUGCGACAGCACGCCGCCCAAUUCGGGCGGCAGCACACCGCCAACUCCAGAGGCAGAGCGACAGAAGCGUUACAUUCGGCUUACUUCGCAUGAUUCCGACAGCUCCUUCAAGUCUGCCCAUGAAAUGCAAAUAGCACGGGCUACUAGAGCUCUGACGCCAAUUUUACGCACUGCAAGUGUAGAGGAGAUUAUUACACCGCCAGUCAUCACCGCCACCUCAGCAUCUAAUAUCAUCAACCGUAGUGAGCCAAGUAGCAGCAUACUACAGCCACACUUUGCACCCAUUGGCGGUGGCGGCGGCGGCGGUGUCAUGCCCAACCUGGACGAUGAUUUGGAUGACCUAGACGAACAAGUUUUUCCACUGAACAACACUCGUCACCGCCACCCCUUGGAUGAUUUCAUGACCGUGCUGGACCGUGCCUAAGCCAGCAAAUAAAUUGUGUGCAUUCAUCAUUGCUUACAAGACCUCGAUUCGGGCUGGACGUGCGUCUUACAACAUAGCUACUCAUAGUUAGUUUAACUCCUCGGCUACAAAAACACUGUUUUUUUAUUUU